AUGUUCCGAGCAAUAAUGCAAAUAGGCAGUCAUCAUCAAGGGACGCCCCUGGGUUUUAUGCCGCCUCCAGUGCCUCCCCCGAUGUUUGGAGCAGCAGGCGUGCCGCCACCUCCACUGCAACCUCAAAUGUUCGGUAAUGUACCACCGCCACCUCCACCACCCAGCAGCGUACCGCAACCUCCACAAUCGCCGACGUUACCCACUGAAAAAUCGCCACCCUCGAAUAUGUCGAGAGAAACUAGUGGCCCGACUGCAUCAAACUCGCAAACCCGUGCAGGAAAAUCUAAAAAAGGGUCUGCGACAUCAAAAGACUCCACUGCACCACCAGCUCCCAAACCACCAGAGCGUGUUGGAGGCUCAAAGUUCUUAGAAUCAGUUCCGCCAGCGCCGAAGGUAAGUGCGCCUACCACGACGAAGCGCACCCAUCAAAGGAAGCGGCGGAUUUCUCGUGUUAACGAUAGUGAUUCUGAUUAG